AUGUGUUUCACAGCAUUCCUGACAACCUGCAGUAGCUCAGCAGGCAACAUACUGGUACGAGUUACGCACGCUGCAGUUACGCACGUCGAUCUGUUGUAUGCGCAAGGGCUGCAUCAGAACAAUCGACGUCACAUGAAGCCACCCUUUAUUCUGGGGAUGGAAUUCGCGGGGAAUGUCGCUGCAGCACCCAAGGAGUCCAAAUUCUCCGUUGGAACCAGAGUGUUUGGUGCUGGGACAGGUGCGUUCGGAGAAUACAUAUCUGUGCCUGAAGGCCAAGUCCGUGAGGCGCCGCAGCAGUGGACGAAUGCCGAAGCGUGUGCGGUUGGAGCCAGUGGCGCAAUCUCUCAGGGGGCACUUGUCGAUAUCGCCCAGAUACAGCCAGGGCAGAUCGUCCUGGUCCUUGGUGCCUCUGGGGGUCUAGGUGUCAUGGCAGUACAGAUUGCCGCAGCAUAUGGUGCCAAAGUCAUUGCCGUGGUGGGAAGUGAGGAGAAAGGGGAAGUUGUUAAGCGAUUAGGCGCCACACAUGUCGUGAGCUACCACGAACCGAAAUGGGAGGACAAGGUGAAGAGCUUUACUCCUGAUGGUGAAGGCGUGCAUCACGUGUAUGAUUCUAUCGGCGCAGUCCAGAGUAGCAUACGAUGCCUGAGAUACGGUGGCAAGGUGAUAAUCGUUGGAUUCGCUGCCAGGGGAGGAAAGAUGGAAGAGCUCCAGAUGAAUCGCAUUCUCUUGAAGGGUGUAUCGGUCGUGGGAUACAGAUUUGGCGAGGAAGGUCGGAGAACGCCACAGCAGAUUGAGAAGACUUGGAAUAGUUUCAUGAAGCUGGCUAACGAAGGUAAGAUAAAACCUGUGAUCUACAAUGUCGAAUACGCUGGUCUCGAGAGCGUGCCACGAGCAUUGAAGGAUAUGGAGGCUCGCAAGCCAUGGGGUCGUGCCAUUAUCACCAUCGCAGAUGAAGAGGCACUGAAAGAUAGAUCCAAGCUAUGA